AUAAAAAAAAAACUUUAAAUUAUUUUAUUUAAUUUAAAAAAAAAAAUGUGAAUACAAAAAAAUUAUUUUAAAUAAACCUUAAAAAGUAUUACGUGGUGUCGAAUACAAAGAAAUUUUCGAUUUUCUUUAAAUAAAAUAAAAAUAUGUCGUUUCAAAUAGUAAAUCGUGUACCUGUGAUAGUAUUUUGGUUAUGUACCGUAUAUUUAAUGUUUGUAUGGGCACGUCGAUUAGAUCCAGAAAUCGAUGAAGAAAUGUUCGGGCCACAACGACCACCACCACGUCAACAAAAUAUUAAAUAUCGUAAAAAUGUUCCACCAGGGAAUAGUAAUAAUCAAAAUGGUGCAGGUAGUUUUAUACCGAUGCCAGUAAAUAAGGAGCGUAAACCAAAUAUUGUGUUAAUUUUGACUGAUGAUCAAGAUAUUGAAUUGGGAUCAUUAAAUUAUAUGAAAAAUACAUUAAAUUUAAUCCGAAAUGAAGGUGCUGAAUUUCGUCACGCUUAUGUAACAACACCAAUGUGUUGUCCGUCACGUUCCUCUUUGUUAACUGGGAUGUAUGUUCAUAAUCACCAUGUAUUCACAAAUAAUGACAAUUGUUCCAGUACUGAAUGGCAAACAACACAUGAAACACGUUCAUUUGCUACCUAUUUAUCAAAUGCUGGAUAUCGUACUGGAUAUUUUGGAAAAUAUUUAAAUAAAUACAAUGGUUCAUAUAUACCACCUGGUUGGCGUGAAUGGGGUGGUUUAAUUAUGAAUUCAAAAUAUUAUAAUUAUUCAAUUAAUAUGAAUGGUAAAAAAAUUAAACAUGGCGCUGAUUAUUAUAAGGAUUAUUAUCCAGAUUUAAUAACAAAUGAUUCAAUAGCAUUUUUACGACAAAGUAAACAGAAUUUUGCUCGAAAACCGGUUAUGUUAACUAUGAGUUUUCCGGCUCCUCAUGGUCCAGAAGAUUCAGCACCGCAAUAUUCUGAUAUGUUUUUCAACGUCACUUCACACCAUACACCAACAUAUGAUUACGCUCCGAAUCCAGAUAAACAAUGGAUCUUACAAGUAACACAAAAAAUGCAACCGAUACAUAAAAAGUUUACGGAUUUACUAAUGACCAAACGUUUACAAACAUUACAAUCUGUAGAUCAUGCUGUUCAGCGUGUUUACAACGAACUAAAAAUACUUGGUGAAUUAGAUAAUACAUACAUUAUUUAUACAUCCGAUCAUGGUUAUCAUUUAGGACAAUUUGGAUUAAUUAAGGGUAAAUCAUUCCCAUUCGAGUUUGAUGUACGAGUACCAUUUUUAGUACGUGGUCCUGGUAUCGAAUCUGGUACUGUAAUUGACGAUAUAGUUCUAAACAUUGAUCUAGCGCCAACAUUUUUGGAUAUUGCUGGUGUUGAUACACCGAAUCAUAUGGAUGGCAAAUCAAUCAUGAAAUUAUUGGAUGAUCCAAAAGAUAUACCAAAACAUCGAAGAGUACGUGGAAAGUGGCCAGAUACAUUUUUAAUUGAAAGUUCUGGGCGACGUGAAACACCAGAACAAAUCGCUGAAGCAAAAGCACGUGCUAGAAAUCGAUAUUCAAUGGCUUUAAAUUCGAAUACUACAACAACUACGUCCACGACAGAAACAACAUCCGAAGCAAUACUUACAUCAACUGCUUCAUCAAUAACUACUAGUCAUGAUAUUGAUCCAGACGAUUUGGAUUCAGCAGAAAGUGAUACUGAAAAUGAUGAUGAAGAUGAUGAGUUGGGUGAUGAUGAUGAAUUUAUUGAAAAGGAUGAAAAAGAGGAAGAUAUUGAGAAGGAUGAAGAACAGAAUGUACUCGAAGAAGAGGAACCAAAAAGUAACGAUCAAAAUAUUUUACGGCCAGAAAUUCAAUUGGAUAAUCGAGUAUUACCUGUUGUACCACCAAAUCGAAUGCAACACACAUCGAAAUUUGAACGAAUUGCAAUGGAGUGUCAACAACCUGAAAUGUUAGCACCCUGCCAAGUUGGACAAAAAUGGCGAUGUGUACAAGAAUCAGGUCGUUGGCGCAAACACAAAUGUAAAUAUCAAUUACCGCCAAAGAGUCAUCGAACAUCAACGCAACCAUUAAAGAAGUGUGCCUGCUUUACACCAGCCGGCGUUGUCUACACACGUUUAGAAGAGGAUCCACACUUAUUAAAUGGGCAACUUAUGAAUAGACGAAGUUUACCAUUUGACACCUGGAUUCAACGGAAUAAACGAUCAAAUCAUGGUGGUCUUGAAAAUAUUUUGCAAAUGUAUCCCAGUGUUGCGCACAUAACUUCCAAAAUGGAUCAUCAUUCAUUAAUACGAGCAAAACGUGAUACUGAAUCGCGUGUUGCAUCAAUUAUGCAAGAUUUACAACAAUAUGGCUUCCCACCAUCUACAAAUUUAAAUAUAACAUUCUCAGAUGUUUUUAAACCCAGUUUAUAUACAAAUACAAUCCCUGAAGGGAACCCUAGUUGUAUGGUCUUGCCAAAUGGAAAUGUUAAUUGUUCAAAUGUCAUUUAUCAUGAUCCAAAAACAUGGCGACGAUCCCGAAAUUCAAUCGAUGCACAAAUACAUAAACUACGAAUGCAAUUAGAUGAUUUAAAAGAAAUACGGCGGCAUUUAAAAGAGAAACGCCCGUUAAUUCAAGAAGAACAUUUAGUUAAAAAUACUACUCAUAGAAAAAUAACGCCUGUUCGCUUCCACAAACCAGAAAAUUUGGAAACAACUACAGUAUUUGAACGAAUAACGAGCACAAUGUCCCCGUCAACUCAACGAACUGUGAUUACAUCGACCGCGAAAAUAUUGAAUCGGCCUAUAAUUGAAUUUAAAAAUGAUACGAUUACAGAUAAUGCUAAAAAUCAAACUUCAAAAACUAACCGACAUCAUCGCCAUCAACAUAAUUCAAAUAAACAUCCACGACCUGCUACUAUUCCAUCUACGAGUACAUCGAAAGAAAUAGAUACGACGUCAACUGAACGAACAACUUCUCCAAAAUCAUCGUUGCAUGGUGAUUUCAAUAAGAAACCGUUUAACAAUUUGGGACCAGCAAGAAUUGAUGUACCAAUGUUUGGUCCAGCCGAAGUACCAAAUAUUCCACAACGACAUAGUCAAUCAUACAACGAAAGUCGACGUUUACCACCGUUACUGAUAUCCGAAAACGAAGAUCAACAUACAUGUUACUGUGAACCAGACAUUCCUUCAAAGAUAGAUGAAAAGAAAGCUGCGAAAGAAGCAAAACGAAAAUUAAAAGAAGAAAGAAUACGCAAAAAAGAACGCAAAGCUAGACGAAAAUUAAAAUUAGAAAAAGAAUGUCUAUCAGAGCGUAUGAAUUGUUUUAGUCAUGAUAAAGAACAUUGGAAAACAGCGCCAUUAUGGACUGACGGUCCGUUUUGUUUCUGCAUGAAUGCAAAUAAUAAUACGUAUUCGUGUGUGCGCACAAUCAAUGCUACACAUAACUUUUUAUAUUGUGAAUUUGUAACCGGCCUAGCAACCUUUUAUAAUUUAAGAUUAGACCCGUUUCAACAAUGGAAUCGAUUAGAUACUUUAUCACCAUCAGAAAAAUCCUUUUUACAUGAUCAAUUAGAAGCGUUAAAACGAUGUCAAGGUAAAUCGUGUAUUAUCGGACCAGUAGAUGUACGAAAUAGUAUAUCGUCGUCAAUUGUAUUACAACAAUCUCUACGAAAUAAAAAUCGACGGAAAUUCGCUCAUCAAUCUGAUGCUACACUGGCACUACCAUUGGUUGCUCAACAUAAAGCUUAUUUGGCCAAUCAAGAUUAUACUCCAAAGCAUAAAAAAAGGAGAAUAAUAUCAAAGCCGUGGCGGCGGCGCAAAUUCAUGUGGAGACAACAAGAACGAAGGCGUGAUAAACAGACAAUCGUACGCACAGAACAACAACAACAACAGCAAGAGAAAUCGGGAACAAAUAAUCCAUCAAAUUAGAAAACAGACUGAACGCCGUAAAAUUAAUAAUAUAAAUAAUUAUGAAUAAAUA